AUGACUUCACCCUUGGACCAGUCGUGUCAGGCUGCCGAGGAGACUUCGAUUUCACUGUUCUCUUCGAACACGCUUUUCUCUCAGUCGUUCCUUCGGCCUGCUUUUUAUUUCUGUUUUCAUAUCGAAUAUGUUAUCUUCGGGGCAAACCGGCUUCUAUUCGAGGUUCUGUUCUGUCUACAAUCAAAGUACGCGGUCAACCUGGCCCUGCUCUUUUUCUCAUCACGGCAAACAGCUGAUGGUGCGUAUGAAGUCAUUCUGGGGUCCGCCAUCCUGUCUGCCAUCAUUUCACCUAUGAUAGCCUUUCUAUCAUACCUGGAGCAUCACCGGUCCCUGAGGACGUCACUCCUCCUCAAUUCCUACCUUCUUAUCACUACGAUAUUCAGCAUCGUUCGAACUCGUACAACUUGGCUGGUCUAUGGAGUCCAGCCCUAUUCGAUUUUGUUCACCAUCGCCACAGCUGUGAUAUUAGGUCUGGCCAUUUUGGAAGCAAUACCGAAGAGCCGCUGGCUGAAGUCUUCAUAUGAAGGCGCGAGCCCUGAAGAGACAAGCGGUCUUUAUAGCCUGCUUUCCAUGUCAUGGGUGAACCCCUUGCUUGUAUUGGGCAAUAGGAAAAUCCUCGACACCAGUGAUCUCUAUCCCUUGGACUCUGAGCUUUCAGCCGACAUCCAAGCCGCGCACUUCCGGAAGACUUGGCGAGGAACACAGAAAACGCCCAAAGGGAAAUUGCUGUUUAGACUUCUCAAGUCCAUAACCUGGUCAGUGCUUCAGACCAUACCAAGCCGUUUGGCGAUGAUAGCAUUCUCCUUCUGCCAGCCAUUCUUCAUCGCGCAACUCAUCAAAUUCCUGGAGUCCGACCCGCUCUCGAACCGCAACACUGGGCUUGGUCUUAUCCUUGCUAGUUUAAUUAUCUACCCUGGAUUAGCCUUGUCGAGCUCGAUCUUCUUAUGGCUUCACUUCCGCACAGUCUGCAAAGCCAGAAGUGCCCUCGUCACAGCCAUAUUCCAGAAGAUGACUGAGCUGAAGACCAGCAACCUGGAUACGAACAUCCUGACGCUCAUGAGCACAGAUGUCGAUCGUAUCAUAGAAGGAGGAAUGUAUUCAAUGCAUAGCAUUUGGGCAAAUACCAUCGAGGUCAUCCUAGCAUCAUGGUUUCUAUACAGACAGCUGGGGACCGCCUUUUUCGCGCCGAUCCUCGUAGUAUCGGCAAGCGUUGUGAGCACGUCAUUCAUCGCGAAGUUCGCAGGUCCCGCAAUGUCAAAGUGGACAAAAAGUACAGAGGCGAGGGUCAGGUUGACCACUGCUGUGGUAGCGAGUAUGAAGUCUCUGAGGAUCUCGGGUCUUUCGGAUUCUACUACCGCAUUACUGCAACAGUUCAGAGAGAACGAGCAGGAUGUCGGUCGCACUUACCGGUUAAUCUUGGUCGUCUCCAUCACCUCUGCGUUCACGCCCAUGUUCCUUGCACCGGUGGCCACGUUCUUUUGGGCGGGAAGACAGCUGAGUAUGGCUGAGGUUUUUUCCAACCUGUCUUACGUGGCGCUGAUCACCAGCCCGUUGACCCAGCUGUUCCAAAAGGUCCCAGAUAUUCUAGCCUCGUUCGCCUGUCUCAGCAGGAUUCAGGAAUUCCUAGACACGAAGGCGAAGUCAGAAUAUCGCAAGUUCGAGUCUUCGUCCGCCACAGCCACAGAGGAAGGGAGCGUGGCUAUUUCACUGGAGGAUGCGAAUUUCGGUUGGACUGCGGAUCGAUGGCAACUGAAAGGUCUCAAUGUCGCUAUUCCGAGGUCCACCCUGACGAUUGUGACGGGACCAGUAGCUUCUGGCAAAUCAACGCUGUGUAAAGCGUUGCUAGGAGAGGUUGCUUUCACAGAGGGAAUCAUUAAGUUCCACCAGGAAUCGCCUCGAAUCGGCUACUGUGAUCAGACACCAUUCCUCACAAACGCCUCAAUACGUUCCAAUAUAAUCGGUUUCAAGUCUUUUGAUGGCCAGCUCUACGACAAAGUCCUGGAAGCCGUCAUGCUCAAAGAUGAUCUACGUUCGUUUCCGAGGGCGGAUAGCACACAUAUCGGAAGCAGUGGAAUUAGUCUAAGUGGCGGUCAAAAACAGCGUGUCAGUCUUGCGCGAGCACUAUAUUUCGACGCCGACGUCUAUAUCUUGGAUGACUUCACGGUUGGCCUGGACAAGCUAACCUCGAACAAGAUUGUGGGACGUUUGUUUGGGGCAGAUGGAUUUCUCCGCCGCAGGAAGGUCACUGUAGUGUGGUGUACUCAUGCUGUCCAGUACCUGUCUCUUGGCCAACGGGUUGUUGCACUCAAUGCAGAAGGUUGUGUGGCGCAUCAAGGCGAGCCCGACGAGGUUCUCGCAGACAAGCAAGUGACAUCAACCCUGGAAUGGGAAGAGGACAAACUCAAUCUAGGAGAUAAUGUCCCAGAACACAAGUUGCCUUCAGGAACGGAGACUCAAACGGAGCACAACGACGAGAAAGAUCCUACGCGUAGGUCCAACGACGCCGCAGUCUACACCCACUAUUUCAGCUCCUUUGGCCCUCUCCUCAUCUCCGCGGUACUGUUCUCAGGUUUGAUGUGGGGCUUUUUCUGGAGCGCCGGCACACUGUUUCUCAGAUAUUGGGCUGACAACAGCUUCCGCAUUCCUGGCUCUCAAUCACACAUCAACAAUGUCUAUCUUGGCAUUUAUGCCAUACUCCAGCUUUGCGGAAUCAUCGUCAUGGGCCUUUACGUUGCCAGCACUGACAUGGGCAUGGCGCAAGUCGGCGGAUCAGUCCUACACCUCAAGGCCGUCAAAGCGCUGAUGGCCGCCCCCUUGCAAUACUUCACCAAGACAGACCAGGGUAUCACGGUCAACCUCUUCUCGCAGGAUAUCAACAUGAUCGACUUCUUCCUACCAAAAACACUGUCGAACACCAUGCUCGCAUUCUUCGCAUCAGCAGGCCAGAUAGUCGUGGUCGCCAUCGGCACGCCCUUCGUGGCACUGGCCUAUCCGGUACUACUGGUGCUCCUAUCCUCCCUCGCGCGGUUCUACCUCAAGACAUCCCGGCAGCUCCGCCUGCUGGACCUCGAGAACAAGAGCCCCCUUUACGCACAGUUCCAGGACACGAUCCGCGGUAUCGCGUCCAUCCGCGCCUUCGGCUGGGUGGCGGCGUACACGGCGCAAAACCACGCGAACGUCGACAACAGCCUGCGGCCCAUAUACCUCCUUCAAAUGACGCAGACGUGGCUGGCGCUCGUUCUGAAGAUGAUCGUCGCCGCGAUCGCUGUGUCUGUCACGGUCCUGGCCACGCAGGUGGUUUCGUUCUCCGGGCGGGCGGGAUUUGUCGGCGCGGGAAUGGUGUCGCUGAUGGAGCUUGGAAAUAUGAUGAACGCGUGUGUGCACAGCUGGAUACAUCUUGAGAUGAGUUUGAGCGCGGUGAAAAGGCUGAAGGAUUUUGGUGAGAAGUCUGGGAGGGAAGACAAGGGGGGCGAGGACUUGAGACCGGCGGAGAGUUGGCCAGAGAGGGGCGAGAUCGUGAUCAGCGGUGUCGAUGCGUCUUAUGAGGAAGACAGGUACAGAGAUGAUGGUGGAGAUGGGACUCUGGUUCUUAAGGGGAUUCAGAUGAGAAUUCAUUCCGGUGAGAAGGUCGCCAUCAUUGGAAGGACAGGGAGUGGCAAGUCGUCAUUGAUCCUCCUCCUCUUGCGACUCCUCGAUGCGACAUCCGAGACAGCGGAAAACCUUGCUAUCGACGGCCUCCCACUUCGGCGCAUCCACCGCGAUACUCUCAGGCAGAGAAUUAUCGCCAUGCCUCAAGACAUGGUUUUCCUUGCGGGAGGCGAAACUUUCAAAGCCGCACUCGACCCGUACUCUAGAAAUACCGACGACGAAUGCCAGGCUGCCCUAGAACAAGUUGGACUGUGGACCAUCAUCCAAGACGCCGGCGGACUGCAAGCAGAGAUGACCAAAGACGUGUUCAGCCAAGGCCAAAAGCAAUUGUUCAGCCUGGCUAUUGCUAUCAUCCGGGCACGGCUUCGCCAGAAGCACGGGAGCCAAGGCGGCGUAUUGCUCCUCGAUGAGGUCACGGCCAGCGUCGACAGGGAUACGGAGAAAAUCAUGAUGAAGGUCAUUCACGACGUUUUUGCCGAUUACACGGUUGUCGCUGUCACGCAUAGUCUUGAGUCUAUCAUGGGCUUUGAUAGAGUAUUUGCGUUGAGUGAUGGACAAGUCAUGAAGGAAGGCGCGCCCGAUUCAUUUUCUCAAGAAGACGCAAGCGUCACCAAUUGA